AUGGUACCUGGACAGGGAUUUCUGGCUCUCUUCACCGGUGAUACUAGAGAAAUUCGCGCUGAAGUGAGCGAACAAAUUGACACAAAGGUUGCACAGUGGAGGGAGGAAGGAAAGGCAGAGAUAGUGCCUGGUGUCCUCUUCAUUGAUGAAAGGGAUCACACUACAAUCCGAGGCACAAAUUACAAGUCUCCCCAUGGGAUUCCAAUUGAUUUCCCUGAUCGCCUACUCAUCACCUCCACACAGCCCUACACAGAAGAAGAAAUUCAGAAAAUUCUAGACAUCAGAUCCCAAGGGGAAGAUGUGGAGAUGUCCGAAGAUGCGAAAGUGUUAUUGACAAAGAUUGGGGUAGAUACGUCUUUGAGAUAUGCCAUCAACCUAAUUACAUCUGCCGCAUUAGCUUGCCACAAGCGGAAGGGAAAGCUUGUGGAAAUGGAGGAUAUAAGUCGAGUUUAUGAACUGUUUUGGGAUGUGAAGAGAUCAACACAAUGCUUGAUGGAAUAUCAGUGCCAGUACAUGUUCAAUGAAGUGCCACCAGGAGAGGCGGAUGAAGAUGAAGCCAAUGCCAUGGUCACUUAA